ACACUAGGGGGCAUCAAAUUACUGUAGUUAGAAUUUGCUGCUUCUGUGUCUGUAGUACUUCUGGUGCCAGACUAACAAAUGUGAUCUUAUUUCUGUUAACUCGUUAUAUUUCACAGAAGGUCUAUAUGACACACAAUGGUCUGACACAAUCACAGCAAGUACUGGAAUCAAGUAGCAGGUGCAGAAUACACGCACGCACACACACACAAAUAGAGAGAGCGAGGACACAAUUAAAUCUCACUUAGAUGAUAAGGGCUCACACAACACUCCCUCAGUGUGCAUCAACCAUAAUCAGAGACCAGCUUCUCCUGCCCUUAACCCCGCCCAAAACUGGGACGUCACCGGGUGCUUACGCACCACUCUCCUCCUCCGUCCCGGAGCAAAACAUCACCAAAAUUCUCAUCCGUCACUCUUCCCUCUCUCUCUCUCUCGCUCUCGCUCCCUGUCCCUCCGUUGUCUUUUUAAUAUAACUUCUAACUCAUCGGGAGAGCAGGGAGCGUCUGGAAAGCCUGGUAUGUCGACUCCAUCUCUGUAAAGGAUCUGCUCGCACGGCAUUCUCUUUAAAGCUGGACACGACUGAACGGAUCAGAUUGUGAUGGGAUGACGUUGCUUCCCCUUAUGGAUUGUCUGUAUUCAUAUUUCCCUCUGUGGAUGUUAUAGUGCAUUAUCUCAAUCUGAAUGAAGCCUUCUUUUUGGAUUUCCACGGUGCCGAAGCUGUUUCUGGGUGACUGCCUAUUCAUUACUUGUGAGGUCGCGCGAUAUCAAUUUUAUUGUCGUUAUCUUAUGAGCACUAUUCAUAUUUUGAGGCGUAACUUGUAUUUAAUUUUGACGAACAAUGCCGCAGUUUCCUUGACUGCGUAUUGGUUAUUGGCGCAGACAAACCUUGUGGGUUAAUUAGUGCGUAAAAAGAGGAAAGUUGGGCGCGCAAAGUUUUGGAGACAGUGGAUAUGGCUGUGGUGGCGUGGAGAAACAUCGAGGGUACCGGGGACACUCAGGGAACCCUCUCCUCCCCGGUGUCCCAGGUCGCAUCUCUAUCCCUGCCCGGGGAGCUAACGGGACACAUGACUCCGGCGUCCUCUCUGGAAAUACCCCCGGGGGCAGCAGACCCCCAGGGCGCACCGCAGCCCAAUCCGUCCGGCACCACCACCGCGACCAGCACCAACAACAAUAACAACACCUCCUCUUCGUCCACUGACAAACAGCAAAGCCAGCACAUCGAGUGCAUUGUGUGCGGGGAUAAAUCCAGCGGGAAGCACUACGGACAAUUCACAUGUGAAGGAUGUAAGAGCUUUUUUAAACGCAGCGUCAGGAGGAACCUGUCCUACACCUGCAGGGCCAACAGGAGCUGUCCCGUAGACCAGCACCACCGCAACCAGUGCCAGUACUGUCGCCUCAAGAAAUGUCUCAAAGUCGGCAUGAGGAGGGAAGCUGUGCAAAGAGGUAGAAUUCCCACGCAUUCCUAUCACGGCCAGUUUGCUCUGACAAACGGAGACCCUCUUCAGUGUCACUCCUACCUAUCGGGAUACAUCUCUCUCCUGCUGCGAGCGGAGCCCUACCCGACCUCCAGGUUUGGCUCUCAGUGCCUGCAAAACAACAACAUCAUGGGCAUAGAGAACAUCUGUGAGCUGGCUGCUCGGAUGCUCUUCAGCGCCGUGGAGUGGGCCCGUAACAUCCCUUUCUUCCCGGACCUGCAGGUACCUGACCAGGUCGCCCUGCUCCGCCUAACCUGGAGCGAACUGUUCGUCCUGAACGCCGCCCAGUGCUCCAUGCCCGUCCACGUCGCCCCGCUGCUCGCCGCCGCCGGCCUCCACGCCUCGCCGAUGUCCGCGGACCGGGUAGUGGCGUUCAUGGACCACAUCCGGGUCUUCCAGGAGCAGGUGGAGAAGCUCAAAAUGCUGCACGUGGACUCAGCAGAGUACAGCUGUAUCAAGGCCAUCGUCCUGUUCACCACAGAUGCUUGUGGUCUGUCGGACGUGGCCCAUGUGGAGAGUCUGCAGGAGAAAUCCCAGUGUGCUUUAGAGGAGUAUGUGAGGAGCCAGUAUCCCAACCAGGCCAACAGGUUUGGGAAGCUGCUGCUCCGCUUGCCUUCCCUUCGCACUGUCUCUUCUUCUGUCAUAGAGCAGCUUUUCUUUGUGCGUCUGGUGGGGAAAACACCUAUAGAAACGUUGAUAAGAGACAUGCUACUCUCUGGGAGCAGCUUCAACUGGCCUUACAUGCCAAUUCAAUAGAGAAGAAAGCUGCUGUGCUUCUUCUAAGGGCAGGAAAGGUCCCACACCUCAAGUCAAGUCAUUUCAGCUACUGCAGCUUAAAGUUUCUGAUGCUUCAGAUAAGGGAAAAACUGCCAGUGGAAUGAAAUAAAUACAGGGUAAAAACAUUUUGUUUCACUAUUUUGGUGAUACCAGAAGAGUGAUCUGCCUUAUUCUGCAUUGCUUUCCCAAUGAGGUUCCUGACCUAAAUUAUCCAGCUUGGCAAUGACCUGACCCCACUGACAGGAUUUUUU